UUGGCACUGAAGGCAGCUCUGAUGGGCACUGAUAUGUGGCGUUGAUGUGCACUGAUAUAACCCUAAUACUGGGUCUGACACAGGGGUGGACUGACAGCUCAUGGGGCCCCCGGGCAAUAGGGGAUCAUGGGGCCCCUGUGUCCUUGCUCAAACUCAAAAAAGCCUAUGGAAAAGGUACCAGGGGCAUCUCAUGGGGCCCCCUACUGACCCCGGGCCCUCGGGCAGUGCCCGAGUUUCCAAAUGGUCAGUCCAACCCUGGU